AUGCAGCGUUCCCCUUAUCCGAAUGAUGAAUACACGAUCGGUUGGAUUUCUGCGUCCCACGACGAAUUCGUCGUAGGUAUGGCCGUGCUAGAUGAGGAGCAUGGGAGACCUCAAUCCACGCCUGCGGAUGACACCAACGCGAAAGACUGGUUCUGUCCGCCGCCUCGGAAGAUCCUGGCCGCUGUCGAUCUUUUGAAGGCAUACCACACGAGGCCGAAGAAUCCGAUGAACAACAUGUUGCAUAUUAUCGAGCAAUUGGGCAAGGAGUAUGCUUAUCCGGGGGAGAACAGAGAUCUUUUGUAUCGAGCAGACUAUGACCACACGUCCAACACCGAAAAUUGUGACGCCUGUGACGACUCAGCUCUCAUCGCGCGUAGACCUCGCAACAUCCCAUCGAGACCGAGCGUUCAUUACGGGGUCAUAGCAUCAGGGAAUAUGGUCAUCAAGAAUGGGGUUGAACGAGACAGAAUCAAUCGCCGCUAUGGUAAUUCGAUAUUCUGUUUUGAGAUGGAGGCUGCUGGAUUGUUGAACAAUUUCCCAUGUAUUGUUGUUCGAGGGAUAAGCGAUUACUCUGACUCGCACAAAAACGAUAUAUGGAGACAGUUUGCGGUUGCAACAGCUUCGGCGUAUGCAAAGGACCUUCUCUCACAUAUCGAAGCGGUUGAUGUGCGGGCUUUGCCCACGGUGCAGGAUGUUCAACUCCUGAAUGUUGUGUCCAAGAACAUAGCAAAGAUUGAGAAGGCCAUUGUCGAGAAUACAGACCUCUUGAUAAACGUCAAAGAAGAAACUCGGAAGAGAGGCCUGCAGGAUCAACAGGCCAAAUGUGAACGAUGGCUGAGACCGCUAAACAUGCGGCAAGUCCAGCAAGUUCAAUCGCAGAAAAGAACGCGGGGUACCUGUGACUGGAUCUGGUCAAACAUGACAUUCGCAAACUGGUAUACUUUGUCUCACCCGUCCCACCUGGAUAGGAUACUACUGGUUAUUGGCCGUCCCGGUUGUGGUAAAAGCAUUCUGGCUGCGUACAUCGUUGAGUAUAUGAGCAAGAUCAAUGUGAAUUCUUUUCUCUUCGCAUUCUCUGGCGGCCAUACCGGUCAGCGAAACCUGAGUGAUCUGCUCCGCUCCCUCACAUGGCAGUUGCUGGGAAUCGCUCCUGCUGAAGAAGCAAUUUCCGUUCUCCAACAGUCUAUGCUGAAAGGGCAACCUACAACCGCCGAGUUGUGGACGAUCUUUGAUGCGAUUGCAGCACUCCUAUCCAAGCCGGUUUUCUGUGUCGUUGACGGAGUCGAUGAGUGCAAAGAUACUGCCAGCGAAUUUGUUGAAAAGCUCCUUGAUUUUCUUGCCGGCCGUUCUAACUUUCGUUUCAUCCUACUCGGCCGUCACCGCGCCUUUCAUACGCUCAAUUGCGCGAGGCAUACAAUUGAAAUGGAUCGCACUCUGACAGAACAAGACAUUGAGACAGUUAUUAAAGCCGAAAUCGGGCUGUCUGAUGUGCUCAAUAUAGGCACUCUGCGAGAUGAAGUCUUCAGGACUUUGAGGCAGCACGCAGAUGGCAAUUUUCUGUGGCUUAAGUUCAUGCUUAAGCAUUUGAACAAGUCUGCCGGCGAAGCUGACGCUUUGCAAAGGCUGCGUAACCUACCCCAUGACCUUCAAACGACCUAUGAGCAGCUGCUUUGGGGCCUUGUCAGGCGGCUGGAACCUUCCGAAUUGGAUCUUGCUCAUAAGGUGCUGGCUUUCAUAAUUGUCGCUCAGCGUCCACUGAGUCUCGAUGAGUUUCAGCACUUACUUGCGGCGGAUGCUCUCGCCACAUCUCCGCAGAAAGAUCACCGACUUGACAACUAUCUCAUCCCGCGACUGGAACGAAGGCUCUUAGAUAUCUGUGGGGAUCUGGUCAGCGUUGCUGAUGGCUAUGUGCGGCUAGUACACUUCUCUGUGAUGGAAUUCUUGAUGAGGCCCGAGCAGGAAUGGCGGAGGGCCGGGAAAUCUCGCAAGAUAAUUAUGUUCCGGGUGCCUUUGCAGCAGUCACACGGUAGACUUGCAUCUGCCUGCGUUGAAUAUUUUGAAGCAAGCUACUAUAGCUCGCUCACAAGUGAUUGGAACACCUUCUCUCAAAUCACUCGGAGAUAUCACCUGCUGGCCUAUCUAUCCCGAUAUAUGCUUGCGCACUUUUGUCGGUCUGAUAUUGAUCCUGGCUCAAUCAUACCUCGGCUUGUCAGAUUCCUUAACUCAGACCGAUGCAUAACUUGGCUAGAGCACCUUUGUGUGGAUACCGUUGAAGACGACCAUCUGAAUUCCCUAGACAUCAAAUAUCUCGGAUUGGAGGAAUUUGAAUCCUGGUUGGAUGAACACAUGCAAUCUGCAGGAAUUCCACUCAUUCUUCGGACACGCCUGACCGAGGAACAUGAGAGACGGCGGCAACACUAUGGACAGAAUGAUUCGCGGACUGAGCGAAUACGCUUGAUCCUUGAACUGAUUCAAGCUGCUCCUUUAUUCAGCGACGCUCACGAAGUGACAUCCUCGAAGUGCAGGGUUCCAAGCGGUUCACUUGAUAUUGCACCUAUGAUGCGAGUGCUUCGGAAAGAUGCACCCUUGCCCCCGCACUUCGGGCUCGAUCUCCUGCUCAAAUUGCAAUCUUAUGUUCGACAAUUCGAACGGCUUAUUGAUCCUCUAGAAAUACUAUUCCGCGCCAUAGUACAGAAGGCCUCAGCCCUUCCUUUUCUCGUCCUUGCUCCUGUGGCCAUGUUCUACCUCCGGGUAGAAAGAUUCGAGGACUGUCUUGAAAUCUUGCAUACAGCCCUUGACAAGGCCAAGCGUAGAGAAGGGCACCUGCAGUACAUAAUACGACUCUUCAUCGCCGCACUAUACUCUAAGCUUGGACAUUUUGACCUUGAUGAGGCAUAUUACUUCGAAGCAUUAGCAGGGCUGGAAAGAAUCCAGGGCCCAGAGCACCAGUAUACACUAUUCGCAAUGUUUAUGAUAGGAGAGAGGUUCUAUCGCCUGGGACGGUACACUGAUGCGUUAUCCUUUUUCACGAGAGUCUAUUCGUGCCAUGAGAAGAGGCUACCAAAGCGACAGCUCAUUUUUUACCCCGAGCUCUCCUUCUACAUAGCUCGAAUCCAUGCGCAUCUCGAGGAGUAUGAAAUUGCGUUGAAGUUCUUUUCAAAGGCCCUUACAGGGCUGAAGAAACCGCUUGCAUACAAUGAGUGCCUCAAAGAGGACAUAUUACACCGGAUGGGUUCCGUGUAUGCACGUCUCGGGCAAUAUGAGAAUGCACUCAAUUCCUUUUCCAGAGCACUGGAAGGCAUGGAAAGAUUGGUGGGACACGAGCAUAGGCGCGCCUUAUAUAUCCGGUAUGAAAUCGGUGUCCUUCAUAUGGAUCGUCAGGACUAUCGCAGAGGACUGGAAUCCCUUUCCGAAGUCCUGCCAUACCUGGAGGAAGUGUUCGGCGAGGAGGGAGGUAUUACUAUAUCGACGUUGCAGCUGAUCGGUAUCGCCUACCUGCGGGACCAACAAUACGAGAAAGCGUUGGAUUCGCUCUCCAGAGCACUGAAGAGACUGCAGACGGCGUUUGGACCAGGCCAUCCUGCGACCUCAUCCAUGUUUGACCUCGUCAUACGUGCAUACAACGAGGCCCACUGCCAUGACGAAACAGAAUAA